AAAAGGGGCGAAUCGUUCCAGAACUUCGCAACUCUGCUGCUGCUCGGUUGUUUCUUUCAGUCCGUUAACUUUCUAAAGCUGUCUUUUUUGAAGUAAUUGAAUCUAAAACCAUGGCUAAAGAUAUGACUCUGCUGUGGGGCUCCGGCUCUCCUCCCUGCUGGAGAGUGAUGAUCGUCCUGGAGGAGAAGAAUCUGCAGGGUUAUAACAGCAAACUGCUCUCCUUUGAGAAAAUGGAGCACAAGUCCCAGCAAGUGUUAGAUAUCAAUCCAAGGGGACAGCUUCCUUCCUUCAAAGAUGGAGACAAAAUAAUCAAUGAGUCCAUCGGAGCAUGCUUAUACCUGGAGAAUCAGUACAAGUCUCAGGGCACCAAGCUGAUUCCUGACAGUCCUGCAGAGCAAGCUCUGAUGUACCAGCGUAUGAUGGAGGGUAACACUCUCAUGCAGAAAAUAGCUACGGUUUUGUAUUACCACAUGUUUGUCCCGGAAGGAGAGCGCCACGACUCUGCUGUGAAGAGAAACAGGGAGAAUCUGACCACUGAACUUCAACUCUGGGAGAAAUACCUGGAAAAUGUGGCUGCAGGUUCCUACCUAGCAGGGGCCUUCUCCUUAGCUGAUGUGGUUGUCUAUCCAAGCUUGGCUUAUGCCUUCCAGUAUGGGCUGUCUGCAGAACGUUACCCCAAAAUUGCCAAGUACUUGAACCUUCUGAAGGACAGACCCAGCAUUAAAACUACUUGGCCCCAAAAGUGGUUCCAACACGAACAAAGAGCUGAGAUGCUGAAGGAAAUCUAAAGAACAAAAAUAUUUCCAUGAUCUUUUCUACAUUUGCUUAUUCUUUGUAAUUUCAAACUCGGAAAAAAACAUAUACAUAUAUAUAUAUAUAUAUAUAUAGAAUAAA